GAUCGGUUGAACAUAUUCCAACGGAAUUUGGGAAUUUGCAAUCAACUUUACCUUUUUGUCACUUCCGGUGACAACUGGACGCUACAAAAUUACUUUUUAUUUAACUAAUGGUUAACCGGGGAAUGAAAGUAUGACCAAUGCUUAUUCCUUUGACGGGGUGCUGAUUUUCAGCAUGUUGGUAAUUUGUACCUGUGCUUAUAUGAGACGUGUUCCACGAUUGAAACAGUGGUUCUUGUCAGAAAAGAAAGGCUUCCUUGGAGUGUUCUAUAAAGCAUCAGUGAUUGGGACUAGAUUACAUAUUCCAGUGGCACUCACAUGUACUUUAAUGGCUGUUUAUGUACUGUUUUUGAAAUAACAGUGUUUGAAAGGAAAACUUUAACUGUGAUCUGAAUAAAAAGAAGUGUGAAUGUUUUGUUUGCGAAUGAUGCUGUGUAGUUAAAGAUGAAUGGUUGUAAGGAAGAAUUUGAAAUUCAAUACUCUAAACAGUAACAAUUGUUUAGAAAAGGACUUUCAUGCUCAUGUAAGCCAGGAUUAAAUUUCAGAAUCAUGAGAUUUUCAUCUGCUGAAUUUUUACAAAUGGACCUGCCCAGCUUCCAUUAUUUUAACAGUUCAUUUAUGAUUUUUUGGGAUAUUGAGAUAUAAAGAAUUUAAGUUGAGCAGCCAACAAACAGUAUAUAGAACCUGGUCAGACUUAACAUAUCUCUGGCCUCGCUCUACUAGUAGUACAUGUAUAGGCUAAUCAUUUUCAGUUCCAGCUUCGUAAAGGUUAUAUUAAAAUGAAAAUGAAGUUAUUAAAUGAAAAAUCAGAUUUAAACAUUCAAAAGAAAAAAAAAUUGAAAAAAAAAUGUUUUUACAAUACAUGUAUAAAAUUACUGUGCAAUGCUUUGAAAUAUUGUUUAAUGUUAAAAACUAUUUUAUGAAUUGUCAUUAAUAUAUAAAGUUGGGAAACUUUCAGAAUUUCUUAGCUGAACUAUUUGAGAAAUAGUCUGCCUGUCCGACUUACCCUGUUAUAAAGACCACUUGUAUAUAAAGGCCAGUCAGUCCCUCCCUUGGAUGGUCUUUGUUCACAUGUAUGACUGUGCAUGGUUAAUGUUGUUUUUUUUUUUUCAUGAAGAACUGUAUAUCCAUUAAUCACAUAAUAAGUCACAAAAGUAAAAUUUUACAACUGUGUUGGUGAUGAUUAUAAUAUUUUACAAUAAAGACCAACAUCUCUAGCAGGGUAAUUUUUUUUACUGAAUUUAUCAGGUUGUUAAAUCAGUUAUUUCUUGGUUUAAAGCAGCACGCUUCCAGAUUCAUGCUAAUUUUCAUGAAAAUUUGAGAAUGUAUUUAACAGUAUAAUAUUGUGAAAUUACCAAAAGAAUGCAAUUUACACAUUAUCAAUGGCACUUACAACCCAUGUAAAUUUCCAUAAAGAGGUCAAAAUAUGCAAAAAAUCUGAUAGGUCUUGUUAUUAUUAUAAGGACUGUCAGAAAAUGUUAAUUUGGCCAUACAAUUUAGAAUCAUUGUAAAUUUUGUAUUGUGUGGAUUUUAAUACAUAUUUCAUUGUCAUUUGAUUGAGUCCAUUAUCAACAUCUCUCUGUUUUGUAUCUUAACCAUUAUUAUCACUUGUAAAUACAUGUAUGUACUAUGUAAGAAUGAUAACAUUGGGAAGAAUUAUUACAUCACACUUUUGUUUGCACAAUAUAUUUGUUAUGGUAUUUAUUGCCUUUUGAUAAAUCAAUAUCAUUACUACUCUUCAUGUUUGGAAAUUUUUUUAUGAUAUUUACACUUUUUUUUCAUAUCUUACUGAUAUUUGUGUGCUUAUUUUGCAAGCUAAGUUAUAAAAAAUUGGAGCAAUGUAUUAGCAUUAAGAUAGGUGUCUAAAACAGUUCACUCUUUCUUGUUUGAUAAGUCAUGUAACUUAUGUAUUUUUAGGCUGUAAAGUGUAACAAUGAUUAAAAUGUCUUCAUGCCUUAUUGUAAAUGGUCAAUUUCAGUACUUUUUAGAAUUGAUUUAAAAACAGGUUUCUUAUUAAACUUUAAUAUUAAAUUACAGAUGAAUUCAGAAAUAUAUUGUGACUCAAGAACUCCCAUUUGUUUAAAUUGCUCCUUUGCCUUGAAUGAAAAUGAAAUUGAAACGUUGUGUAUUAAUAGUUAUAAGUUUAUGCAGAAUUUAUUUGAAUCAUAAUUUGAGUGUGUAGAAAGCUGUAAACUCUUGAAUUCAUUCCUGGAACCAACCAAGACUAAGCAAUAAGUGUUACGUUUCUUGCUUAAAGGAAACAACAGCUUGCUCGUGAAGGGGAUUGAACCCACACAGUUAGUGGUCCUUAGAUUACCAGUGUGAGACUGAUGUGUUGACUGCAAAACUGGUACAUUGUGUACAUGUAUUAACAUAUUAAGCUUGUCUGAUUUUAUAGAGAAAAAUGUAUGAAGCAUUUUUGUGAUUUGAAUGUUGAUAUUGUGGGUUUAAAUUAGAUUUUAUGUAGAAAAAUUCAUUUGGGGUAUGAUGUUGACAUUAAGUAAACAUAUGCAUAUUUAUAAGUUAUUAUUUAUUAUAUAGUAAGAGGCUUUACAACUAUAGAGCUAUUUUUUUGUAUUUUGGGUGUGCAUUAUAGUUAAUGCUACUUUGGAGUUUCAAUAAUGUGUCAUAGUGCCUGUGUUCUUAUACUGAGUUUUGUAUUAUCUAUGAUUUAAAAUCACAGUGUUUAUACAAUUGUAUCCAAGUUAUAGUGCUUCUUUCAAGUUUGUGACUCGUGAGAGGUUAGAAUUUAAGCAGUUUUAUAUGAAAUACAUGAAACUGCCUGUUUAGGGUUUGGCAUGCUUACAGGUUUUUGCUGAAAAUUACUAUUUUAAAUGUAUUAUCAAAUUAGUUGAGUACACUGUAUUCUCCGACAGCUCUUGUUAAGAGAAGAUAUAUGUACAGUUAUGUAGAUGUGUCAUACCGAGGGCUUGGUGUGCAAGGUAUGUAACUCAUAUUUAAUAAAGAAGUAGUAACGGCCCUUUCACACCAAACUGCCAAUACAUUAUUUGUAUAAACUGUCAUUUAUUUUAUAGAUAUACAGUGUAACCUCUACAGAGUGACCCUUAAUGGAUCAAUAUCCUCAUUACAACAUAGGUGUCAAUUUUUAUUAAAGUAAGAUUUCACAAUGAAUUUAACCUCUUUUGAGCAAACAUCUCUCAGCAACAACCAAAAUGCUUGUCAAAGGGUGUUGUUUUGUAGAGGUUGUUCUGUAAUUACUGUAUCGCAUCACAUUUGAUUAAUGAUCAACCUUUGAAUUUCAUGCUUUAAGAUAUACAUAACUCUUAUGUUAAAUCCAUGUACAUGACAAGGACGGAAAUGUUUUUAUUUUAUUUCUAUAUAAUUAUGUUUGAGUAUGUUAGACACUGACCAUUUAUUCUGUGCAAAUUUUUACAAUGUUAAGAUUAUGGCCUUUCAGCUUAGUUUCUCAUUCUAAUGCAAUUUUGGUUAGUUGGUGCCAUAACUUCAAUACAAACAGUUUAUUGAAUUUGAUAUUUUUCAGGAUUAAGUAAAGACAUUUCAGUGUUUUGUUUCAUACAAUUGUUUUUUCUUGGGGUAAUAUUGAAGAAAGCCACCGAAAUUCUUAUGAUUUUAGACAGACAGAAGCUUUAACCUUAACCCUACUGAAUUUAUCUAAUGGACUUGCCUGCCUUUAAAGAUGGAAAAGUUCAUUAAAGACUCAAGGAAUUUCAGUAGGAAAAUAAUAAUACAAAAAAGAGCAGCCAGCUGUAUAAAACUUAUUCAAACUACAGGGAUGUGCUGACCGACACCGCUUUAUUAAGGCGACAUGUGUCUGUAAACUUUCAACACUGGCUACAAAAAUUACUCAACUUAGGCCACAAGUAUGAUGACUACUAGCCUUUACCAUCCAUGAACAGGCUCAAUAAAACUAAGUCUGCAAAAGUUUCAAUUUUGCCAUUUUGGCCAUCCCUCAAGGAUUCUGUUUUUUUUUCUCUAUUCUAUUCUGUAUGAUGCUUAGUUGUAGCUUUUUUCCACUUUGAAAUCCAUUGUAUCAAAAAAUGGACUGGUCCAAAUUUAUUGCCGGACGAGUCUAUUAUGAAAAUAUAGCUGAGUUCUGGUUAUUUUCACAGUAUGACUUAAAUGCCUAAGUUUCAUGUCUGAAUUUUGGCUGUUUGUUAAUAAUUUUUGAUUUUAACUGUCAGUUAAUUUCACUAUUUGAUUUGCCAGAACAUUUCAAUGUAUUUGACAAUUAUUUUCACUGUUUGUCAGCAAAUUUCGCUAUUUGUCAGUAAUUUUUUCAUCAUUUGUCAGUAAUUUUUUUAACAUAAAUAUGUUUAUAUAUUCAUUGCAUUGUAAAAACUGGCUGUAUUAAGGAGGUAUUUCUUGCUGUUAAUAUUAUAUUUAUUUAAUGAAAAUAAAAUACAUUGAAGAUUGCAA